UGUCCAGCGGUAUCCAGGCCAAUUGUGCUGACUUGCCUUUCAUUGUCAGGCGCACUCCACCGGGAGGAGCGGUGCAGGGAACAUAAUCUCUACGACAAUCAUGCGCGAGGCUAGCCGUGUGAUAAGUCCCGACCAGCACGCUCUCACCGCUGCAAUGGUAUCCGCGCAGGAGGAUACGGCGACGAGGUACGAGCGCAUGCUGGUGAGCGCAAGUCAGGAAGCUGCGCGUCAUGGAAGGCAUACACACGGAAGAGGCGGAGCGGGCAACUCCAAGGCCAAGCUGCCCAAGCUGCCCAAGCCUGCAAAGACGCGCUCAAAGUCACGAUUGAUCAAUUACGGCUCUUUACGAGCCUCACGACGUACCUCCGUCAAGCUUGAUACCCCAAUACCCGAGGAUACCGAGAACGUCGAUACGAUCAUCAAGAUCAGCAAGAAGGACCUGGGGAAGAUGCGCAAAGUGUUUGCGAAAUCGCUGCUCGCCUUACGCACCUCGUCUGCAGCGGCAUCAGGUGUGGCUGCAGCUGCAGCCCCGUCCACCCCGCCCUCCUCAGUACUAGAUAUCACGUCGCCAUCGCCUUCAUCGUCGGUACCGUCGUCGCCCGAAUCGUCGGUGGCUUCUGACUCAACUUCUCCGAGUUCCGUGCCUUCCAGCCCGCUAACGCCCAAGUCGGCCAGUAGCACAUCCAGUGAGGACACGGCCAAGGACCCCACUGAGGUCACCAUCGUGGCCAUCGAGGAUGAUCCGGGAACAAUCUUCUUCCCGCCCGACGAAGACACGCUUGCCCACCAGCUGGCGGCGCUUCAGCUGCGCAAGAGCUGGAAGCCGCGCGCCAGGCGCAGUACCUUAUCCUCGUUGCGGAGCAACGCCGAGUCGGUCGCGUAUGUCGAUUUUGACCUGAUGGAUAGGCAGUGGGAAGACGAGCAGGAGGAGAGCGAUGAAGAGAAGGACGAAGUAGGAGACGAUGAGAUCGCCAUCUGCGAGCUGAGCUUGAACGAGGUGAUGCAGGCGCUGCUCGAGGAAGCCAACAGUGGAUGAAGCAUCGAUGAAGACACUUUGUACUUUUUAGGGCUGCUUGGUGCGGAGGUCUCAGCAUUGGUGGCUGUGCGGCUGACUCGUUGAUACUUCAUGUCAGUUGCGGCCUGCUUGUCUGUGACUUCUGGGUGUUGUUCGCUUUGUUUACUUUUUCGCUCGUUGCAUUCACGCUGUAUCCAUUUCCUUCUUGUUGUAUGUUACCUGUAGCUUGUCCUGCCACUGUAUGAAACAUGAGUUUGUCGUGUCAGUCAUGAUAAUGCAACCAUACCUAAGUUAUAUCUGA